AUGGCAUCAGUCUUUUCAGCAGAACAGGUGGCGUGCGUCUGUGAAGUGCUCCUGCAGGGUGGCGCCAUGGAACGACUUUCCGCCUUCCUGCGCUCUCUGCCCACGUGGCCGUCCCUGCAGGGUCAGGAGAGCGUCCUGAAGGCGCGUGCGGCCGUCGCCUUCCACCAGGGCUGCUUCCCAGAACUCUACAGCCUGUUGGAGGGCUUCCACUUCUCCCCUCGCAGCCACCCACUCCUGCAGCAGCUCUGGCUGCGUGCCCACUACCUUGAGGCUGAGCGCCAGCGGGGGCGCCCCCUGGGGGCCGUGGGCAAGUACCGCGUUCGCCGCAAGUUCCCGCUGCCCCGCACCAUCUGGGACGGAGAGGAGACCAGCUACUGCUUCAAGGAGAAGUCUCGCAGCGUGCUCAGAGCAUGGUACUGCCGCAAACCGUACCCAACGCCCCGGGAGAAGCGGGACCUCGCUGCUGCCACAGGCCUCACCACAACGCAGGUCAGCAACUGGUUCAAGAACCGGCGGCAGAGGGACCGGGCUGCUCACUGCCGGGACAGGUAUGCCAUGGACAAGUGUGACAUUCAGGACUUUCAUCUUUAGCUGCUCUGAGUGACUUC